AUGGCGCUUAAAGAGCUGGCCAACCGAAGGCAGAAAGCCAAGCAAGCACGCAGAACAAUUAAGCUCCUCACAAACGCUGCAUAUCUCUCUCUUAGACUAUCUCAACUCUCCUCUGCUGCACUUCUUACAACUUCUGCUUAUAUCAUUAACAGUGGCAGUGGCAGUGGCAUUAACGAUAACGCUAAUGAUUAUGACGUCAUUGAAACGCUAAUCACUCACCUCAACACACAUUCAAUUAGUCUACAAUCCAUCCACGCUGUAAUCACUGGAAUACUCACUCAUUCACUCACCUCAACUCAUCCAAUACAAAUCUCAGAACUUCUCCUACGCUACUCCACCCACUUACAACACAACCAACACCACCCGUUUAUCGUCAGUCUAGCGCAGCACUCACCCACUCUCAUCAACAUCCUCGCCCUCUCCCACCACGCUCAACCUGGCACACAGCUAACGACGCGUAUUAUUGAGUUGGAUGAUAUCGCAAUUGUAAAUGACUGGGCAAAUGAAGCCAAGUUACAGAUCAAACAGGGUAACUCACUGCAAGGUGUGCAACGACUCACUCACCUCAUCAAGCGCAGUAUACUCAACGCUUUCUUCCUUCAACUCACUGGUGAAGCUUUGGAUGACGACCGAGUGCACCAAAAAACCUCUCAGCCAUUACCCACUAUCGAUGCACCACCUUGGUUUAAACAACAAUCCGCUAACUUUGCCUCCACACAGAAAGUUUACUCCAGUAAUGAGUUCAGGACGCUUAGAAUGGCUGCUCAGGGUAUACGCGCACCCAGCAAGCACGUUGAUUCUUUUGAUUAA